GACCUCAGCGUAGGCUGUAGCAAGGUAGAUCUAUGUGAACAUCGGGUGGUGAACGGCAGAUCUGACUCCAGCACUUCACAGAAUUCUAACGCAUGGGGUAUUAAAGACCUGCUCUACCGGGCCUGGAAGGAUUAUACGGCCUUUGAUACCAUAUCGACCAAUGCUUGCACGACUAUAGCCUGCACCAUACCGACCAUCCCACUAUCGAACCGCUCCGCAACAGUCUCAACACGAUGCCAGCGGCCAUUGCUCACGCUGACCUGGCGCCAAUUGUCCAACGGAUCGUCCUCACCUCCUCCGAAACCGACUAUGUCGACCAACUCAUCCCCAUCAUCAAAGAUGCCCGCACCCCCGAUCGCGCCGGCCGCCUCCUCCACCACUUCGAUGCCCUCGCCGCCGACCGCGAGACCGAAAUCGAGCGCAUGUGCAGCACAAACCACCAAGACUUCGUGAAGUCCGUCAAUGACCUGCUGCGCAUCCGCGAGGGGACCGCUGAGCUGACGUCGGAGAUCCUCGGGCUCACGGAGACGAUCCAGUCGAGCACGGAGCAGCUGGCCGCGCAGAAGAAGGCGCUGGUCGAGUCGCGCAGCGUGCGGGAGAACAUCGACGACGCGACCAAGGCGCUGAACGCGUGCUUGGACGUGCUGCAGUUGGCGAACCAGGUGCACGACCUGCUGGCGAAGAAGAAGCACUACGCGGCGCUGCGCGCGCUGGAGGAGCUGCAGAACGUGCAUCUGCGGGAGAUCAGCCGGUAUAAGAUAGCGGAGAUCAUCGAGAAGUCGGUACCGGCGACGCAGAAGCUCAUCGCGGAGGCGGUCAUGACGGAUUUGAACACCUGGCUUUUCCGCAUCCGCGAGGCAUCGCAGUAUCUGGGGGAGGUAGCGUUCUACCAUACCGAGAUGCGUAAGGAGCGGAUGAAAGAGCGGACGGAGCAGGACGACUACAUGGCGAAGUACGGCCUCAAUUCGGCCGUGGAGCUCGUCGCAGACGAGAUGGACGAGUUCGACAUCUUGAACAACGAGGAAACGGACGUGCAGAUCGACUUCUCGCCGCUCUAUGAAGCGGUGCAUAUUCACGAGACGCUUGGUCGAUACGAUCAGUUCCGCGCGGAGUACGCGGCGACGAGACGGAGACAGAAGGACCUGCUGGUGCCGACGGCGUUAAAUCUCCGGGACGAGGACGUCGCCGAUUUGAGCAGUAUUCUCGAGGGCAUUGCCGGCUUCGCCAUUCUGGAGAGAGCGACAAUGAUGAAGACGGAUAAUUUGCGAGCUGGAGUGGAUGUCGACGAAUUAUGGGACUCGAUGUGCCGUGCCGCGAUCACAUUAAUCUCCAAUAACCUUCAUGACGUCGAUAAGGAUGAGACCUUGCUCAAAAUCAAGGGACGAGUGGCUCUGUUCAUCCAAACCGUGGAUACAUGGGGAUAUGCGACGUCCUCUCUCCAUUCACUUGUCCUUACUAUUUUCGACAAUUACUCGAAAUUGCUGAAGCGGAAAUUCAGCGAAGACUUUGAGGAGAUUGUGACGACGGACGACUAUAUGCCAAUGCCGAUCAAUACCCUGGAAGAGUAUGACAAAGUGGUUGAAGUCAGCUGGUAUAAUCCGGACACCGAUCGUUCCGACCUCCAAUUUCCUUGUGUGCUACCAUUCUCUCAAAUGUACCCCCUCUGUUGUAUCGACAUCCGCAACUUCCUGAACCAAAUCUAUCUUUUCUCGGACGAUGAGUUCGAACGAGCCAACGUGAUCGACGAGACGUUGAAAAGGUCACUGGACGAGCUAUUGUGUGACAAGGUGUGCCAGACGCUGGUGGAUCGACUCAGCUCGCAAUAUCCCGGCCAAGUCGUCCAAAUCCUUACGAACUUCGAGCACUUCGAGACCGCUUGUGAAGAGCUGCAGAAUUUGCUUUUUGACGCUCGUUCAUCACAGUCUGCCAGCGGGCCAGUCAUCCUACAAGCGACCGAAAGGUUCAGAGAAGGACGGAAGACGGCUGAAAAGCGGAUAUUCGAGCUUGUGAACUCGAAGAUCGACGACCUCAUCGAGACAGCAGAAUACGACUGGAUGACACGAACCCCUCCUGGCCGCAAAAAAGUCAGCAACUACAUGCAAGAACUCACCCGCUACCUCGACGACUCCAUGCACUCCGCGCUCCUCGGACUCCCCACCGAAAUCAAAGAACUCAUCUACUUCGACGCCCUCUCCCACGCUGCCACCAGCAUCCUCUCCCUCCCGCUCGACUCCUCCGUCCGGGGAAUCUCCCCCGCCGCCAUCCAAACCCUCGCCAACGACGUGCAGCACCUCGUCGACUUCGUCGAUGGCCUUGGCAACCCGAUUCUCAAGGAAAACCUGGACGAGCUGGUGCAGACGGUCGCGCUGAUGCAGAGUGACACGCCGGACGAGUUCUACGACGUGAGUCAGCGGAACAAGAAGUACGGGCGGGUGGAUCGGGAGCACGGGGCGAUUUUGCUGGAGAAGGUGAUGCAGGGACAGGUGGCGCCGUUGCAGCCGAGUCAGUCGUAUAAGCAGGAUGCGUUUGCGAUGAUGAGUUCGCGGUUUGGGUUGAAUAAGUGAGGGCGAUAUUCUAGGACGGAUAAGGACUUUUAGGGUUUGGAGAGCGGUCAUUGGCAUAUGGGAAAGUAGGGGUGAGAUAUCAUGGGCGCACUGCUUGUGACUCGGCCGAUAUCAGGGUUUGCCACGGGAUUGUUGGGCCCUAGCACGGGAACGGUGCCCUUGGAUUUCCGCAUGCAAGACAGUAUUGUGUACAUCUGUCAAGGGCGUUCAUAGGCAACGGUGGAUAGUCGGCUUUGGGUAGCUAACCGUGCACGCGUGCAACAGCCUUCUCAACAGAAGAAUGAACAAAGACAUCUCCCAACAUCAAAUACUCCAC